AUGAAACGGAAAAGGAUGGUCGGUUUGUACCCUGAGGACGCGUUGUUUAUGGAGAAGUGGUUCUGGCACGGCGAGUACAGAGUCUCGGUCAACAUCAACGACUAUCUGGACAUCUACUGUCCGUUCUACGAGGGGCCUCCGUCACAUGGCCGCAUGGAGCGCUACAUCCUGUUUAUGGUGAACCACGAGGGCUACACCACCUGCCAGCACCGCAUGAGGGGCUUCAAGCGCUGGGAGUGUAACCGGCCCAGCGGUCCUGACGGGCCCCUGCGCUUCUCGGAGAAGUUCCAGCUCUUCACCCCCUUCUCCCUGGGCUUUGAGUUCAGGCCUGGGCACGAAUACUACUACAUCUCAUCUCCGCAUCCAAACCACGUGGGGCGAGCAUGUCUAAAGCUCAAAGUGUACGUGAGACCACCAGAUGGAUCCGGAUACGACUCUCCGGAGCCCUUCCUCACCGACGGCGGUCCGAGAUGGCGGUCCGGCCCCUUCCUUCUCACAGCCUCGUUGCUCCUGGGACUGCUCCUCUGGCUGUGA